AUGAUGAAGCUGAGGUGCCCCAACCCCAAGAAGCUCUUCAGGAGGAGCUCCUCCAAGAUCAGCAGGUCUAGUAGCAGCUGCAGCAGCAGCAGCAGCGACAACGGCAGCGACGCCGGAGGCAUUCGGGGUGGCGGCGGCAGCGGGGAGAUCGAGUGGGAGGUGCGGCCGGGGGGCAUGCUGGUGCAGAGGAGGGACGGAAGGGGGGACGUCGAGAUCAUCACCGUCAGGGUAGCCACCGGCUACUCCUGGCACGAGGUCUCCAUUGGAGCCACCUGCACUUUUGGUGAGAAAAAAGUCAGCACGUCCCUGUUCACACAGCCAGAAGCUCUCAAUUUUACUUCCAUUUCUCCAAGUCGAGUGGUUGACCCGUGCGAGCUCCUGAACCUUCUUAUGGUGAUGUGGAGAUAUGCACGUCCAUUAGCAAGGUCUCCUGCCCUCAAGGACAUCAAGCUCCGAGCCGCGCUCGCUGCCCAGGGCGUGCAGAGCCCGUAUCAGACUUUUAUCAAGGUGUAG